AUGGAAAAGCCUGAAGCUGAAUUGCUCAUCAAUCAUUUUAGCCAUCCUCAUCCUUUGAAACUAGUUUCUUUCAAACCCCCAUCAACCCUUAAUAGACUAACAUGUUCAGCUUGUACCAAACAAGCCUCGGGAGUGAUUUACACAUGUGAUUCCUGCAAUUAUUGCCUACACAAACCUUGCUCUAAAAUGCCCCAACAUUUCAAACAUGAGGCAGAUAGCCAUACCUUAAGUUUGCUUGCUGCUCCUCCCUACCCAGAAGGGGCAUUUGAAUGCAACGCGUGUGGAACAAAGGGUACCGGCUUCUGUUACCACUGUGAAAACUGCCAUCUUGAUUUGCAUACUGUUUGUGCAUUUCUUCGUUCAUCAGUUAAGUCUAAUGCUCAUAAGCAUGCACUUAAUCUAUGCUUUGAGUCACCCUACGGAGACAAGGCCUAA